AUGGCGUCAUCACAACAACAGCUUCCUGUGAGGAAACAGCAGGAUCUUCAGACGACUUACUCCAACUACAAGAACACACUGCAGCAGAUUGCCUCAAAAAUCGGCGAUAUUGAGCAGGAGGCAGAAGAGCACAAGCUUGUGCUCGAGACUUUGGAGCCGCUUUCGGGGGAUCGAAAGUGUUUCCGCUUGAUCAACGGAGUGCUCGUGGAGAGAACAGUCAAGGAUGUCGUGCCAGCACUGAAGACAAAUCAGGAGGGACUGAAGAAAGUCCUCGAUGAUUUGGUGAAACAGUACAAAAACAAGCAGGAUGAAUUAGACAAGUGGAAGAAGAAGAACAAUGUUCAGGUAGUACAGCAGUGA